CUAAAGUGGCAAAAUGGUGCUCAACUCUAUAUUUUUGUAUUCAUAUGAUGGCCAUACACUAGCCAUGAGGGACUACAACCCAGAAGAAUCAACAGUGGAGGUGUCUAAGUAUUUUGUAGAGCACUAUCUCCAGAAAGCACUAGCUAAGAAUGCUAAAUUAAGAAGUUCUAUUGGGGCAAAGGCUAAUCUUACUGAGAGAAACACGGAGCUCACCUCCGAUAAGCUUCUUGAUGGAUUCCCUGUAGUAGCCAUUAGUGAUACAGAGUACUAUGCAGUUUAUAUAAUCAGAGAAGAGGUAGUCUACACUGCCUUUACAAAGAAGGAGACUCAUAUUCUUACAGUAGUUGAGUAUCUCAAAGUAGUUCUUGAAACUUUAGAGGAGAGCAUCACUGGAGAUCUGGUUGAUGAGAUUCCGAAGAGACCUGAGAUUCAUUACAUCCUCGAUCUUUUAGUAGAUUACUCGAUUCCUUUACUGCCUAACAAGAAUAUUCUGAAGGCAUUUUUGCGUAAAGAAGGGAUUAUUGCUAAAUCUACUUCUUAUAUCUCUAAAAGAACUGAAAAAUCUUAUCAGAGAAUCUUGGAUAAGGCCAUUGAUGAGUGAAGGACCAAUGACGAUGCCUUGUGGCACCCUCACCUAAAAGGUUUAGUCUCCUUAGCUGAAGAAUGCCUUAUUGAUCAUGAUGAAAUAGUGACUGGGAUUAUUGACAAAACCGAAUCUGGGUCAACAGUAGAAAUCAGCGAAGUCAUGGGAAGUGUUGAGGUAGAGAAUAAGUCAGCAAAUGUUCACAAUAUUGGAUUCGCUCUCAGAAGACUACAGAAAUUGGAAUCAUUCUCCCUCCAUGCUUGAGCAAAGAAGUGUAGAAAAAGGUUUGAAAAGGAUGGUGUUCUGAAUUUCACUCCUGGCAUUAGCAGAUUUACAGUAGCCAAAUAUAUUUGCAAUCCUUUUAAAUUUGCUUUACCAUUUGAGAUUAAACCAACCUUGCAGAUCUGCCUCACUUCAAAAACUCUGAAGGUAAAAAUUAAGGUAAAGGCUACAGAAGUAGCUGGGGAAUUUCUAAAUGUAAGAAGUUUCUGCAUUAAAAUCCACUUCCCAAAGUAUAUAACUGGAAGCUCUCUUUGACCAACUGACGAGAAAACAGAGUUUAUUCUGAAUGAAGAGAAGAACAUUGGAUUAUGGGAGAUUGGCUUCUUGAAGCCUGAAAAAGAGUUUGAAUUGAAUGGAUCCUUCAUCUUACCGAGAAGCUUUACUGAAGAGGAAGAAAUAGAUAUGAUUCUUAGUACAAACUUUGUGAUAAACAGAUAUCUGAUCAGCGGUUCCUACAUAGACUCUAUAAAAUUGCGUGAUAAUGCUCACCCUAUCGAUGUUGUCACUGGAACUAAAGCUACUACAACAUUUAAGAAUCUUGAGAUGAGAGUAUCUGCGUUCUAUGACAAUUAA